AUGUCUGCAGCUCAGGGACUCCUCAACAGCGUCUUCUCCUGCUCGUCACCUGCGUCCAAAGCCAUUUCCAAGCGGAGACUGCGCCAGACGCGGAGUUUAGACCCUGCCAUAAUCCGACACUGUGGCUCAGACGGACACGGGGCUUUGGACACCGGUGCGCCUCUGCCCAAACCACCUUUACGCAUCAGGACGCAGAAAGAGCCCAUCACCCCGUCGGUCUCCACGCCGUCCAUCCCGUUAGACAUCUCUCCUUCGUCCAACUUCCACUUCGAUUACGACUCGGUGAAGCGCGCCAAGCGGAAUACGGCGGGGGAUUUGCCCUUUCUGGUGAGGGGGCCCCAGGUUCCGGCCUCUGCCAGCACCGGGGCGCUUUUCUCACCGCGGAGAUGGCUGCAGAAGAAGGCACCACCGUCCAGCCCUCACGCGUUUGUGGUGUGGAAGUCUGAGGCACAUAGGCAUUCUCUUAAAGACUCCACCACUGCUGCUGCUGCUGAAUGGUUCUGGUUUUGA